AUGGACAAAAAUAUAAGUACAUUAUAUAAUAGUAGUAAUAACGGUAAACAGCUGGUUCAUCAAUCAAAUAAUAUAACUUUUAAUAAUAUUAACAAUAAUGCGAUAAAUGCCGAACUUAUUAACAGUCAUAAUAUUGAAUUAAGCACCGCAUCAAACGUUGCUUCAAAUAUUAAUGAUAUAAAUAUUGAGUUGGCCAAUGAAAUGAGCGAAUCUUCUAAAAGUCAAAUAAAUUAUAAUAUUCCAAAUGAAAUCAUGAACACUAUUCCUUCUACAAAUUGUGAUGCCACUCGCGAUUCUGUGAGCAGCAUCACAAAUAAUCCUUUUGAAAAUGUGAGAAAUAGUAACGACAAUGAAAAUGGGGAAAAUAGCGAAAAUGGAGAAAAUAGCGAAAUGGCGACUGAGCAAAAAGAAGUAGCACCACCACCACAAGUUUUAUCGAUAAAAAAAAAAGUCGGGAGGCCAAAGGGUGCAACAUCAGCAAAUAAAAUAGUAAAAAAAGAAGAAAAGGCGUCGACAUCAUCAUCUGGAUAUCCCGGUGUUAGUUGGAACAAACGGAUGUGUGCAUGGUUGGCUUUUUUUUAUGAUGGCGCAUCAAGAAGAAGUCGAACUUUCCAUCCUAAACAUUUUAAUAUGAAUAAAGAUCAAGCUCGAUUAGCAGCUGUUGAAUUUAUGAAAUCGUUAGAAAAUCAUGGGCGAAAAAAAUCUACAAAAAUUAAAGGUGGAAAAAAUAAAAUAAAACAAAUGAAUAAUGACGAUCACGCAAAUAAUAUAAUGCACAAUGGAUGCCCAAGUCUAGAUCAUUCAAAUAAUUUAAUUUCUUUAAAUAAUAAUAUGCACAUGAUGGCAAUGAAUCCAGCAUUUUAUAUGCAAAACUCAAAUAGAAAUUUUAAUAUAUCCAACACAAUUCAUAAUGAUAGAAAUAAUUUAAACUUAUAUAAUAAUAGCCCCCAUCAUCAUUCGUUAAAUAAUAAUAAUAUGAAUCAUAUAAAUAAUUUAUCUAAAGUUAUACGAGAUAAUAAUGGGGUUUAUUUACAUAAUAAUCAUAGUAAUAAUAAUAAUGCUAAUUCAAUUUAUAAUAACAAUAUGCAUAUGCCAAAUAAUCCUAACAAUCCUACCAAUAACCAUGCAUCUAACAACGAUCAUAACAAUAUAAAUUAUUUGAAUGAAUUAAUUUUUCAUUCAAACAUUUUACAAAGUGGUGGUGGGCCAUCACCUUCUCAUCAAAUAAUGGGAUCAAAUGGUAUUGGAUUAGGAACUGAUUUAAAUUUUUUUGAUAUAAAUAUUAAUAACGGUAAUAUUAAUGAUAUUCUAAAUUUAGAAGAAAAUUUAGGAUUACAAAAUAAAGAUAUAGAAAGGUUGAUGAAUACAUUAUUUAGAAAGAAUUAUAAUAAUAUGAAUAUACCAAAUAUGGAUGAUCAUUUUUUUCAUAGUAAUAAUGGUAACUCUAAUAAUAAUAUCAGUAGUAACGGAACCAAUACUAUAAAUGAUAGUAAUAAUAAUAUUUCUGUAAUUAAUAAUAACGGUACUGGUGCAUUACAUGGUGUCGACCCAGCAAACGGUGCUCAUAGUAAUCAUAGAAAACGAGGAGGAAAUAAUAAUAGUAAUGAUAAUAAUAAUAGUUGCAAUAAUAACAAUACACUAAAUUCAUUAAAUAGUGCAUCUUCUCAAAAUACACAUAUCUAUUUAUCUAAUAAUAAUGGAGAUAUAUAUGAUCCUAAUAACCUUAACAAUUCUAAUAAUGUUCAUAAUUUUUAUGAUUAUAAUUAUGAUAUAUAUAGAGGAGAAUCAGGAAAUGGAAAUAAUAAUUUAUCACCUCAUAUAAUUGAAAUGAUGCAUAGAAUGAAUAAUGAUUUAAAAGAAGGAAAUAGUUUGGAUCAUAAUAUAAAUGAUGAAUUUAACGAGAUAAAUUAUAUUAUGCAUGAAAAUGCUGGAUGGUUAAAUCAAAUAAGACAUAAUCAUAAUAAUAUUAUAAAUAAUAAUUCCAGUGACAUAUGUGAUCUUAAUGUUUCACCAGAUCAUGCAAAUCAUAAUAUUAAAAACCAAAUAGAAUUAAAUAAGAGUAAAAAAAUACCAAAAGAUGCUCCAUUUAGAUCUAUAUUAAAUAUUAGAAACCGGGCAACUGAACUAAUUGACACAAUAGAUGAUAAUAAUAAUGCUAAAAAUAUUAACGAUAAUGAAAAACCUUCAAGAUUUGGCAUGAAUGCCAUUUCAUGUAAUUGCUCUCCUCAUAUAAAAAAUCACAAAAACCAUUAUUGUAUGUAUUAUAAACACAACAAUUUAUCUCAAUACCUUAAUGAUAAUAAUACAAAUUACAAUUAUAUGAAUUGGGGCCCACAUAAUAACAAUAAUAAUAGUAAUAAUAGUAGUAAUAAUAAUAACAACAAUAAUAAUGUAAUAAAUACAAUAGAUAAAGGGGAUGUCGAAUCAACGGGCGAUAUUAGUAAUAGUAGUGGAAGUAGAACAGGAAUAGUAACUGACCCGAAUAAUAAUAAUGCAUUUCGUCAUAAUAAUAGUGGAAAACAUUUAUCUCAAAAUUUUGAUAUAAAUCAAAAAGAAAAUAUAAGAUCUCAAUAUGAUAAUACUAGUAAUUAUUCGAAUAUUACAAUACCAAAAUAUUUACAUUAUCAACAAAUUCAACCAACUAUUAAUAAUCAUGAUAAUACAAGCAAUAAUAACAAUAGUGAAAUGCAACAUAUAAUUAAGCAAAAUACGAAUUUUAUUCCAAAAGUGUUAAAUAAUAACUUUAAUAAUAAAACAAAUCAAAAAGAAAAUAGAAAUAAUUUAAUAUCAUCCAUACCACAUGGAAUGAGUAAUAUAUCUCCACAGUAUUAA